CGCUCCAGUAUCGCAUCAGCUGUACUGUCAAACGGUCGUGCGAAAAAGGUUUGUUGACGCUCGUGUCUUCCGCUGGUGUGCUUUAGCGCGUGUCCGUUCACGUGCGCUCGGUUGAUACGGCGUGAUAAACAGUGUUUGGCUCUGUAUAUUUAUACGAGUACCGUGAACAAGAUCGUAUGCGAUCAGAUUAGCGAGCAGAUGCUGAGGUGUUUUACUAUAUAAGUGAAAGAUUUGCUCGAAAAACUCUAUCAGAUCAUGCGAUCAACGUGCUAGAAAUCAUAGUCGUUUUGCAAUAAAAUCUCAAAUUGCUAAAGAAAGUGUCGUAAAAUGUGAUUUUUUUUGCCACUUACAGAUUCAUAGUUUUCAACUAAAUCUUCACAAAAAAGUGAAUCAUUUCCACAAUUUCAAAAAGCUACUAGACGAUUAAAUACAGUCGUUAUAUUGAUGCAUCUACUCCGGCCAGAGUCAGUGAGGUCCGGAAUUUAAUUGCUAUCAUCAAAAUGGUGGAAAGACACCGUGCAUAGCUGUUAACUAUAUAGCAAACAUUUUCAGCAGCUGUUCAAUUGUUCAGUGCUCUGUAGAAAAGUGUUCUGAGUGUGCAAGCAGUUUCUCAACAACAGCAAUAAAUUAAUUAUAAAAUCAUUCAUCCGUGUCGGAUAGUGGAACAAAGCUGCAAAAUUUAAGCUUAUAGCUGAUUGUAGAUCGUGUUAAAUCAGUUGUAGUGCUUUGUGCGUCUGUGAACGUGUGGUUAGCAGUAGUGGAUUGCAAGGAUAAUUAUCUUCAAGGAAAGGAUAACUUCCCUAGCCAGUUCGAAAGAGUCCGCUUUUUUGCCGCGCAACGAUCGAGAUAAUUCAAAACCCCUGCAGCCUUUGCCACGCUUGAGAUGGUCUUUAGUGGGUCCGGUCCUUCGGUCUGGUACCAGCGCAGGCGGGUAUAGUCCUAGAACCCGGUCAGUCAAACGUGCCCAUCAGUAAGUCACGCGCCGGUAUCGGCCGAGACACGAGCCGUAUCGGUAGCAACGAGCAAAGCCGACCAACACACACCCACACAAACCCACGUGUACCCGCCGUGGUCCAUCGCCGUGUAAGCUCCUGGCACGGACGCACAGCACGGACGCAACGCUGGCCCACAAUCCUCCGGCCGGGGCAGUGCAGCGGGGCAAAGAUGCAACCGUUGCCGCCCGGCGCAAGAUGACGAUCACAGGCGAGGGCUCACGCUCCGCUAGCCGGUGGUGGUGCUGCACGCAGAAAGCACCAAACCACCACCAGCUGGCCCGCGACAGUAGAAAGCGCACCCGACACCGAACCACCCACAAGCGGAGAGGAUCCGCGAUGAAGCGGACGAAGACAGCGGCAACAACGACAACGACGAGGAGUGAGGGGACAGUGGUGCCGUCCAUCUUGGAAUUGCCGCCAACGGACAGCUGUAGCCAUACUAGUUUUAAUUAUAAAUUUUAUCGUUACCAAUACCUUCGACCUGUAGCUAUUCUGUACAUAGCGUUAGCGGUAAUUCUAGCGAACGUGUCAGCAUUUGAGCCGGACUUUGUAUAUCCGUUGGAGAAUGUAACCGUUGCAAAAGGUCGCGACGCCACGUUCACCUGCGUCGUGAACAAUCUCGGUGGUUAUCGGGUGGCCUGGAUUAAGGCGGACGCAAAAGCAAUCCUGGCGAUACACGAGCACGUCAUCACGAACAAUGGCCGGUUGUCGGUGACGCACAACGACUACAACACCUGGACGCUCGUGAUCCGGAACGUCAAGAUGGAGGACCGGGGCGUCUACAUGUGUCAGGUCAAUACGGAUCCGAUGAAGAUGCAGACCGCUUUUCUCGAGGUGGUGAUACCGCCGGACAUCAUCUACGAGGAAACGUCCGGCGACAUGAUGGUGCCCGAGGGUGGCUCGGCCAAGCUCAUCUGCAAGGCGCGCGGCUACCCGAAGCCAAAGAUCGUGUGGCGAAGGGAGGACGGGCGUGAAAUCAUCGCCCGCAAUGGCACGCACGGCAAGAUGAAAGCAACGAUAGUCGAAGGUGAGAUGUUGUCGCUGACGAAGGUGACACGUUCCGAGAUGGGAGCGUACAUGUGCAUCGCCUCGAACGGCGUACCACCGUCCGUGAGCAAACGGCUCAAGCUGCAAGUACACUUUCAUCCGCUAAUCCAGGUGCCAAACCAGCUCGUCGGUGCGCCGCUCGGCACGGACGUAACGCUCAUCUGCAACGUGGAGGCAUCCCCGAAAGCCAUCAACUACUGGCAGCGUGAGAAUGGCGAAAUGAUCAUCUCAAACGAGCGUUAUCUGAUGAACGAGAACGAAAGCUCGAUGUACGCGGUCCAGAUGACGCUGGUCAUUCGCAAGCUGCACAAAUCGGACAUGGGCGGCUACAAGUGCAUCUCUAAGAACAGCAUCGGCGACGCGGAGGGCACGAUACGGCUGUACGAAAUGGAGCUGCAGAAGAAAACCAAGUCGGCACACCGCGUCAACAGCGUCGAGGAUACCUCAGGCAACGACGAAAUCAACUCAACGCCCAACAUCGACCAGUCCGACGAGAGCAACAAAAUCCACAAAAAUGGCCGGCUUUAUAAGGGUUUGCAGGCGGGCGAACACGACCUAAUCAGCUCCAGCACUAGCGAUGCGUCCGUCCGUGUAGGCCCGGUCAACCUGUGGCCACUGGUGGUUGGCGCCCUGGCCCUAGCCCUCACGCACAGUAACACGCCACGGGUACGCUGUUAAGCGGAACAACAGGGGGAGAAUGGCCUAGCGCAUACGGUUCACCGUCAGCAACAACCGUCGCCUCAAUACGCACCGGAAGGAUUGGAUGCAGUUUGCUGCAUGUUACCGAAGCUUCGGUGCGCCUUGUUGCAGUGUUACAGCGGCAGCUCCUGCACGACGAAGAGAGCAAAUUGUUCACGAAACGUUUCACGCGACUAGAACACAAACAUUACUCAGAAGAGCGGCUCCCGAAUCAUACAUGGCGGUAUAACGAUUGAGAUUGAUUUCACUCGAAAGCGCCUAAAGGUAUACACUGUGCGUUACAAAAUGACGCUCAUUGCAUUGCGUGUCCUUUUACUGCGCGCCACAAACGAGUUCAGUUUUAAUAGCUCUUUCUUUUUGUAAUCUCACCCUCAUGCCAUCAUACAACUGAAAUGUAUACGUACACAAUAAAGAAGCUUGUUUUGGGUUGAUUUCUGUUUUAGGGAUUCAUUUUGUCACCAUGUUUGUGGUUAUUUGAGCUGUGAGUAAGGAAUUUUGUACUAUAUAAGACAAGUCUUCUACGAUUGGACUUACAAUGAGAUCGUGGAAAAUGGGAAAAGCAUCUACUACCACUGUAAGCUAUCGAGUAUGCAGUACUCAUCAAAGUAUUGUCCGAAUGAAUUUGUGUGUGUGUAUGUGCGUAUGUAUGUGUGUGUGUAUGUAUGCGUGUGUGUGUGUGUGUGUGUGUGUGUGUGUGUGUGUGUGUGUGUGUGUGUGUGUGUGUGUGUGUGUGUGUGUGUGUGCGUGCGCGUGUGUGUGUGUGUAUGUGUGUGUGUGUGUGUGUGUGUGUGUGUGUGUGUGUGUGUGUGUGUGUGUGUGUGUGUGUGUGUGUGUGUGUGUGUGUGUGUGUGUGUGUGUGUGUGU